AUGCGUUUUGUGCUUCCACUGCGAAUACAUUAUGGGGGUUUGGAAAAGGAGCGGCAACGUCGUCGAGCGUUUCAUAAGCAACAGAAAGCUGCCAAAACAUUAGCAAUCGUUGUCGGUGCAUUCAUUUUGUGUUGGACACCAUUCUUUGCUAUCCACUCAUUGUGUGGAUUGACGGAAACCGAGUUGGUUCCGGACUAUCUGAUGGAUAUUUUCACAUGGCUUGGAUAUUUCAACAGGUAG